AUGCAGAAAAUCAAGACAGAAGCAUUAGUGGAGGUUAGAAAUAUGGAGUCUAUAUUAUCAAGAAGGACAAAUUCUGAAGAGAAAUCGGCUGAAGUUGAAAAUAUGGAUAUUUCAAGUUUGUGCAUCAACCAACGAUUAAAGUCUGUACCAUCAAGAAGCCAAGGAACAACAGAGAAAUCAGUUGGAGAUAGAAAUAUGAAUGCUUCAGAUUUUUUAACCAACCAGCAGUGCGAGUUAAAAGUAUCAAAAAGCCAAGACUCGGCGGCUAUGCCUGACAGAGAUAUCUGGAUUAAAAAGGAAACUGGCGCACAGGUAACAGAAGUGAAGACGUUGAAGAAGGGUCUUCUUCAGAAGCCAAACUUGUCUUACAUCGCUUUAAUCUCCAACGCCAUCCAGAGCAGUCGCCACAAGAGGAUGCUACUAUCCGACAUCUACGAGUGGAUCGUCAACAACUUCCCCACCUUCAAGAUGGCCAAUCGGAGCUGGCGUAACAGCGUGCGUCACAACCUGUCCCUAAACGAGUGCUUCAUAAAGUGCGGGAGAUGUGACAGCGGCAAGGGACACUACUGGGGGAUCCACGCCGCUAACCGCGACGAUUUCGCAAAGGGGGAUUACCGGCGCCGUCAUGCCAGGAGACUCGUCAAGAAGUGCGACGAACUGGCGCAGCUCUUCGAUACCGAUCCCACGAAUGACGUCUCGCAAAAACCUAGCAACCCCAUGACGUCACAAUACGGAUACGCGCUCAUGACGUGUACGACGGUUUCUAAUAGCUACCUCAUAAAAACUUUUGGAGCGGCGGUGCUGUCAACAAGCGGACAAUGGCAACGACAACAACAUUUUAAUGAGAUCUGUGAAAAACGUUCUUAG